CCUGUGGAAAGACGGUGACGGUGGUGGCUGGCACUUGGGCUUUCUUAUUGCUGUUCGCAGUAGCCGUACCUUAAUACCGGUAUGACCUUCUCCGCGACAAGCGAGGUCAAAGCGCUCGCGCGCCUCGCGACGCCGAUCCUCUUUUCGAACCUCGCCAUGUUUGGCAUGUCGAUGACCGUCCUCGUUGCCGCGGGCCACCUCGGCGCUGCGCAGCUCACGGCCGUUGCGUACUCGCAGAUGAUCUUUGACAUUACGAUCCUCAUCUUUGCUUCGGGCUUCGUCGUCGGACAAGCGUCGCUCUCGGCGCAAGCGUUUGGCGCCAAGAACCUCACGCUCAUCGGCCGCUACUGCCAAAUGAACUGCCUCUGCGUCACGCUCGCGUGCAUCCCGAUCGGCGCGCUCUGGUGGUUUUGCGGCGACAUUCUCCAUGCAGCGGGUAUCUCGGACGCGACGGUCGUGCACGCCAAGGACUACGCGCACUACUCGAUGCCGUGGCUCCUUCCGCGCCUCCUCUUCCAAGUCCUCAGCGUCUACUUCAAGUCGAUGCAAAACGUGCUUCCGGCAGCGAUUUUUGCCGUGACGUUUACCAUCCUCAACGCCGGUCUCGUCUCUGUGCUCGUCUUCGGUCUCUCGUCGACGGGCUUUGAAGGCUACGGCCUCAUUGGCGCCCCGAUCGCGAUGACCAUCACGCACUACAGCCGCCUCGUCACGUUCGCGCUCUACAUGUUUGCGUACCGCAAGCAGCACGCGUCGUCGUGGAGUUGGGAUCGCACCUUCAUGAACCGACAGCUGUACCUCAAGCCGAUGCUCAAGGUGGGCGGCCCCAUGGUCAUCGGCCAGCUCGUCGAGAACCUCCAGCUCCAGACCAUGUCGAUCUUUGCGGCCAUGACGAGCGAGGUCGCACUUGGCGCCAGCAACUCGAUGAUGGAGCUCAUCUUCUUCCUCACGUCGCCCAUCUAUGGCAUGAUCGACGGCGGCUCGACGCGCAUCGGCAUGUACCUCGGCGCGGGCAAGCCCCAAGCCGCCAAAGCCACGAGCCACUUGGUGUUUUAUGGUAUUUUUGGUCUCUCGGUGGUCAUCGUGAUCCCGUGGCUGUGCGCGCGCUCGCACGUUGGCAAGAUCUUCUCCACGGACGUCGCCGUCGUCAGUAGCAUGGCGUCCAUUAGCACGCUCGCCGCUGCGGGCUACAUCAUCCUCUCGCUCUUCUACUACGCGAUGGCGACGCUGCAAGCGCAGGCGCGGACACUGCCCAUCAUGACCUCGUUCUUCAUUGGCGCAUGGGUCGUUGGCGUUCCCGGCGCGUACGCCUUUGGCUUCCCUGCCGGCCUUGGCCUUCUCGGUAUUUGGGUUGGCAUGUCCGUGGGGUACAUUGUCACUACCGUCCUCGGCGUCUACUUUACGUACAAGUCCAACUGGCCCGAGGAGGCCAAGAAGGCCGUCGAGCGAAGCAAGGGGCGCGACGACGGCGAUCACUUGGUGGUGGAGCUCGAGCAAAACCGACGCGCCAGCGUUGACGCUGGUUUCAACACUAUGGUGACGCCCAAGGAAUGAAUGUUUUGUUCUUGAGAGAGGCC